AUUUCUCAUUCCUGCCAUACAUGACGCGACCUUGCAGUGAUUAUUUACCCAUCUCGUCUACGCUUGAGAUGUAUCUAGCGUCCACCAGCCAUGCCCACCGAAAUCGCCACCUUUGCUUCAGGAUGCUUCUGGGGUGUCCAGCACAUCUUCCUCAAGCACUACCCUGAGGGCAAAGGAAUACUCAACACCACCGUGGGCUACACCGGCGGCAAGGAAGACUCGACGAACCCUAAUUACGAGACUGUCUGUACAGGCUCGACGGACCACGCGGAGGCGAUAAAGGUCGAGUUUGACCCAGCUGUGGUGGGGUACGAUGAGCUCCUCGAGUUCUUCUACCGCACGCACGACCCAACGACUCUGAACAGCCAAGGUAAGGAUACCGGCACACAAUACCGCUCUGCGAUAUUCACCAACUCGCCUGAACAAGCGGUGGUUGCCCGACGCGUGACGGAGGAGGUGCAGGAGAAGCAUUUCACAAGGAAGAUCGUCACGGAGAUCGUCGAGGCUGGGCCUUGGUGGGACGCGGAGGAGUACCACCAGCUGUAUCUGUUCAAGAAUCCGGAUGGGUACCUGUGUCCGACUCAUCGUUUACAUUGGUAGAAAGUGCGAAGGAUUUCUUUGCUCGAAGGUUUAUAUGACCGUCGUGUUUCUAUGUCUCCAUCUAUGCUGCGCUUAGCCCUUACGCUAAGCCAAAGUGUGAAGCUAGGGCUUCAAGGUUCGUGACUUCAAGGCUUGGAGUCCAAGAAAAGUUAGUGCUAGAUUCCCAGCACGAAGGAGGGUAAUAACCCGCCCGAGGAGCUGUUCCAGGGUGCUCAGCCGGCAAGAGUUAGAUUAGAAUACAACGGAGGGCGCUAGCCCACACGUUCAGAGAGAAACGC